AUGUCCCUAUAUAUUCUGAUUCUUAUAUUUUUCUUUAAUGCUGUAUUCUGUGAAACAAAUCCUGAUAGAAUACUCGCCAUAGAAGCCGAAGUACCUCCUGAAGAAAAAGGACCUGGUUACUAUUUGGUGACCACUCUUUUUGUUGUAUCUAUAAUUGCUUCGACGUUGCUCACCGGAUCGUUUUUGGUUUUACUUCUUUUAUUGUGGAAACACUUCAAGUCGCUAAAAUAUUUCUGGUUCCUAAUGCAAUUAACUCUGUCUGUAUUUAUUCUUUCCACACUCAAUUUGGUCAUAAAUGUUCCCGCCACUCUUUUUUCACUUAUCACCAAGGAUUUUGUUGCUUCGGAUGUGUAUACAACAUUGUCAUAUACAAUUGAUUAUUUUCACUACGCAAUUCUAAUUUCCAACAUGGUAAUUGCAAUCCAGAGGUUUUGUGUUUUUUUCUUCCGCCAACUGACUGCCAAAAUAUUUGAUUCGUUUAUCAUAUAUGAAUGGUUGUGCUUAGUUUGGAUACUUCCUGCAAUUAUAUUAUUGAUUUUGGUAUUUAAUAAUUGCAAAUAUAAUUUUAAAAAGGCUCCGAGUAAUUUCGUUUUGAACUGUCAACCAUGGGGAAGUAUAGUUGAUCUUCCGCCGCCUAGAUGGAUCCAAAUAUUGGAAUUGGUUGUUCAAUUUGGAAUUCCAUUCUUCAUACUUUUCCUGUACAUUGCAGUGAUCUUCAAAAUAUUCGCGAUGAAAAAAUCAACUCUGAAUAAAAAUGAGAUUCGAGUUUUGGUUCAGGCAAUUGUUAUUUUUGUUUUCUUCCAGGCAUCCUCGUCAGUUUUUCUAAUUUGCCAAACGAUUGCAUUCAACACGGCGACUGCAUUUGUAAUCAAGAGAAUCAUCAAUACACUGGAAAUUUUCGCCGGAGCAGCUACUCCGUGCUUCUCAUUCUUCACUUCAAAAGAAAUUCGAAAGUUGCUCUCUUCAAAAAUCGCAGCUGUAAGCUCACAAGGAAGUUCGAAUCUUGUUGUCAGAAAACCGACUCUCGCUGAAGUGAACAGUUGA